AAUUGAAACUUUUUGGUACCUUUUUCUUUUCUAUAACAAAUUGUUGGAAAUGUAAAUCAAAAUUGAGCUGAAUUUCGAGUGUGGUAGUAUCUUGGUUAGCAAUUAGCACCACCACCACCACCGGAGGCCAUGUCAAUGGCGGUGGAGGCGAAUAUGGUGGCGGCAUUGUUGGAGAAGCUCAAGGUCGAUGAUCCAUGGGUGCAACCACAACCAUGGGAAUCAAUCCCUUCCGAGAGCGGCCGCCGCCAAAAUCCUUCGACUUCUCGUUCUCAGUCCUCCCAUGGCCUCUAUCCCAUUUCCAAUCUCUCCGAGUCUAGUUUAGUGAGGUUGGUACUGACUGCUCUGCAGGGGUUAGAAUCGGCUUUGAUUGCUGUUGACCAACUCUCUGCACUGUUUUGUUCAGUUUCAGCAGAUAGAACUUUCCAUAGAAUCUCAAGUUUGUGGAGUCGGUCUUCGAGCACUCGUUCUUUGGGAAAUUUACUAAAAUCCAUUGGCCAAUUUGGCUGCAUUGUUUUCCUCCUCCACAAAUUUGUUGCAUAUUUUUCUCAUUUAAAUGCUGAUGGAGAUUCAGGAUUACAAACAACUCCGAAGGAGGUUAAUGGAGAGAAUAAAGCACAGUCGGAAUUUAAAGGCAGUGUUGUCAAUCAGGCAUUUGCAGUUGCUGUGAAAAAGAUCUUAGAUGGCUAUAUCUCUGCCCUGAAUACAGUACACACUUCAGUGAGUUUGAGGCGUAAUUUGAAGAACUCUAAUGGUGGCUGUCUAACAAGUGUUGGUGAUACUGAAGUUACAGUAUUGGAGGUUUAUUUGCAUACAAAAGGGCUAAGAACCCAGAUAGAAGCCCUUGGAAAUAUUUGUCAGAUAUGUGAUACAGCUUAUAGUUUCUCGCUAUCAUCUUUUGAAGAUUUAAGUGCUAAAGCAAACCUGGAAUUUGCCAAUUUUCCAAUAGGUGGUACUUUGUUGACCUUUCUGUAUACACAACUAAAGGUUGUUGAUCCAGCUCAGAUUGUUCUACUCAAGUUUCUUUUUCUCCAGGCAUUUGAACCAUACUAUCAUUUUAUUAGGUCAUGGAUUUAUGGAGGCAGAAUGAGUGAUCCAUACAAAGAGUUUGCGAUGGAAUAUGUUGAUUAUCUACCGGGUUAUGGAUGGGCUAAUGCUGGAAUUUCUAUAGAAUUCCCAUUAAGCACUGUCAGGGUCCGGGAUGGAGUUACUUUACCAUGUUUUCUUGAAGAUUUUUUGAUUCCACUUCUCAGAGCUGGUCAGCAGCUUCAAGUCGUAAUGAAGCUGCUUGACUUGUGUUACAGUCUUGGCACAUAUAACAAUGCUCAAGAGGAGAUUCUUCCUUUCUUGGAUGAGUUUUCAAAUGAAUAUCCAUUUUUUGCUUCCCCAUUGACAUUUGACAAAGAAACCAUGGGAAGAAUGGCACUUGCAAGAAGCAGUUACUACCAAAGGAUGCUUGAAAAAGUGGACAAUGUUCUAACUAGAUUUGGAUUUAGAUCUCAAAAGGAAUCUCCCUACACUAUUCAGUUCUUUUUUUCGAAAAACCAUGGAAGAAAUCCAAAGCAUGCAGAGGCUACGCUGGAUGAUAACUUGGUUCCUGCUGUAAUGGAAGAGCGAGAUUCAAAUCUGGAUGCCGGCAUUUUUCAAAAUGAGGCUUCUAGCACUGCAGACGAGUUGUCGUGUGCGGAGGAUCUGUUGGAAUCAUCUGAAUCAUCAUCUCUUAACAGUUUUGACGAGCACAAUGAUUCUGAACAGAUGCCUAAUGAUAAUAUGGGAUUUCAACCAAGUUAUUUAUCUUCUGUGAGCUUCAGCUUUGGUUUAUCUGCUGAGAAUUCAGUAUGGAAGCCUUUCAAAAGUGAAAUUUCAUGCUUCUCAGAGAAUUUUUCCAAAGUAGGUGAAAAAACACAGGAAGCUUGUCAUGGCAUGGAUUCCUAUUAUGAAGGAUCCAAUAUGAACAGAAAUUCUUCCACUCUUCAAUUUGCAGAGCAGAACUUGUUACUGAGUGCUGAGUCCAAAAUUAUCAACAUUGAACCUGAUGAAUGCCUGCGAGCUGGCUGCAUGGCUGACAGUCUCUCCUAUUUGAAUGGAGGAAACAAUAGUGGUACAUGGUUUGAUAUGACUGGUUCAGCACUGGAAGUGAGAAAGAGCAUGCUUGGAGAGUGCAAGGCAAGCAUGUUAAAUUGUAGCAACACUACACUCCCAAGAAUUGCUAUCACAGAAAUGACCAAAAAUAGGCACCAGCAUGGAGAUGGAAAUUGUGCUUCAUCAAAUUCGUUAUGUGUGCAGCCAUGGACCUCUAAAUACAAUACGAGUUUGCUGAGUAUGAACCCAACUUUGAUGAAAGGCUCUUUCAUUAAUAACAGUGACAUGCUUGAAGAGAGAGGGUUGAAGUAUAAAGAUCCUUUAUCUUACUUUGAUUUCACAUCUGUGAGAGAUCCUUGUCAAGUUUGUCAGGAAAAGUUGGCUUCCACUUCUGGACGUGAGUGCGGAUUCGGAAAUUCAAUACCAACUGAGACUACAGCUGAUGCUGCAAUCAUUACAAGUGAUUACUAUUGUAAAGACUGCAUUAACAAGGACAAAGAGGAAAGGAUGAAAAGAUCCCUGGUUUAUCUCUCAUCACAUUCAGUGAUGGAUAGGGGGAAAGAUGCCUUAUGUGCCGACCUUACUGGUGGAAGUGACUGGGAAACUAUACUUGCUUGUUUUGGCACCAACACUAAUGUUACUGAAAAAGGUUACAGGACAAGUUCAUCGGCUGUCUUUGAUAUGCCGCUGGAUUAUGUUAUUGAAAAAUGCCUCUGGGAGGAGAUUUUGCUUCAGUAUAAGUAUGUAAGCAGGCUAACACUCAAGUUGCUUGAAGAAGGAUUUGAUUUGCAAGAGCAUCUGUUAGCACUGCGGCGAUAUCACUUUAUGGAACUAGCAGACUGGGCAGAUUUGUUUAUCAUGUCUCUGUGGCAUCAUAAGUGGCAUGUCAUGGAAGUUGAUAAAAGAAUUCUAGAAAUCCAGGGGAUACUCGAGUUGUCAGUUCAGAGGUCUUCAUGUGAAGGAGACUUUAACAAGGACCGUUUAUAUGUUUAUAUCAAAGGAGAUUGUGUGAUGCCACUUUCAGCUUCUGCCAAAGGAAUACGGUCAUUUGAUUUUUUAGGUUUGGGGUACAGAGUGGAUUGGCCUGUUAGUAUCAUUUUGACGCCAGAUGCAUUGAAGAUUUAUUCCAACAUUUUCAAUUUUCUGAUACAAGUCAAGCUUGCUGUUUUCUCUUUAAGUGAUGCAUGGUGCUCAUUAAAGGACAUAGUAAAGUUGACUAGGCUGAGUGAACCUUCUGAUCGGCUUAAGCCUACUCUUCAACAUAUUUCUGCUUUGACUGAAACCAGAUAUCAAGUUUUUCAUUUCAUAACCACACUGCAGCAAUAUGUUCAAUCAAAAUUAUCCCAUGUAUCUUGGCGCAAGUUUUCAGACUCUCUUAAGCACAAGGGCUUUUUUUCCGUCUUGGUACUUUAGAACAGUUUCAAUUAAAUGCUGGAAUUUCUGCUAAGAAUUUUGGAGACACUAGUUGUUGGAAAUGGCAAUCAAUGCCAACCUCCGUGUAAACUGAAUGUGCUGGUUGAGUUCUUUAUUGUGUGAGUGGAUACCAACAUAAGGUGACGACAGCUAUGAAUUGGGUAAAAAGUUCAGUCUGGGCAUGUAUACAGUGCUAUUUUACAUGACAUUAAUGUGGCAUGAGGUUGCUCAGAAUGUUUAAGUCUUGAAGGGGGAUUGGUUUUGUGCUUUGACCAAGGGUCUUUGGUCAUGCAUUUUUGUGGGUUUGACCAGCUUAGUCACCAGGAGCAUAGGUGCAAAUUAUGAUGAGCAACAAUCAGUGACAUGUGCAAGGUCUCAGUGGCUCAAGACUGGAGGAAAUGGAUUAGGCAGUUCAUUCCAUAGUGCCAUUGCGGUUGUAAAUAUUAUCUCAGAUGUAAUCCUCAUAAUUAUUGGCAGGAAAAUGAAAUAUAAGGCUGGUGGCUGUGUCCAUGCUUCUUGCUGUAUGUUGCCUUUUAAAUCCUGUCUUGUUUGGUUUCUUGCUUUUGCUAAGUGCUGAAAAGCUAAGGCUCUGCAUGUGUUUUAACCGUGUAGUUCAUGAUGAAUCAGGUAGUCACUAGAGAAUGUUGUUUGGGACAUGUUGUAACAACUCUCAUGUGUUUGACAUCUUAUGAUAAACAUUGACAAAGAAAUAUCAUUAGCAUAAUAAGCCUCUCAAGAAAAAGGUCACUGAAUGGAAGUUAGUCAAUCUAUUUUACCCCUUGUGUUUUCUUGGUUAAUUUCAGAUUUUUCUUUUUCUUUCUUUUCUUUUCUUUUGAGGUAAAAUGG